CAGGCAGCAGUCACCUCAGAAUCAGAUUAGUUGUUUAAGAAAGUUUGUGGAUUUAGCAGGAGGACACAGCUGCCCCCUGCGCCCCAGUCACCCGCCUGCCUGGCGUGCCCGCUCCAAGGAUGACACUGGCAUUCUCCAGCCUGCAGCCAGCUGAGAACAAGCUCGGAACAGUCUCGGAGCUGAGUAUGGAGGACAUGGGCUACAUUAUGAUCGAUUCCUGCAGCAUCAAGAAAGAGGAGGAUGAUCUGGGAAAGUUCGUGGAUUUGGAUUUUAUUUUGGCCCACACUACCAGCAACCAGAGUGGGGGCAGCUCGGGCCAUGGGGGCACCUACCCCCUGCCAGAGACCCCCGAGAGCUGCAGCACCACCUAUGACAGUGACGGCUCGUACCCUGCCAGCAGGAAAUACCGGGCGGGCAGCUUUAUUGGGAGCCCCCAGCACAGCUAUGUGGCAGAGCUGCUCACCCCAGAUGUGCCCUGCAUGGAUGCACCCCCGGAGUACGGACUGAAGCCCCUGCACAGCCGCCAUUACACCGAGCUACGGGUGACCGGCCUGGAUGCCCCUCUGCACUUAUCCGUGGAGCAGAUCCAGCAGCUGGGGGCCAACAUCAAGAAGGAGAGACCCGAGCAAGCCUGCAUGCUGAGCACCCCGUCCCCCGGCUCCCCCGACUGCAUGGGCCCCAUGAUGGAGCACAAGGGGGGCGGCAUAAUGCACCUGCAGGGCCAGCUAGGGGGGCACACGUAUGUCCAGCACAGGGUCAGCCCCACAGAGGAGAUGUCCCUGAGUGACUGUCACGUUAUGCAGGACCUGCACUGCCUCCCCAUCAUGCCCACCAUGGGCCAACAGCACUACCAGCUGGCCCAGCCUUACCCCCCGCACUUUGCCGGCCAGGCAGCAGCACAGUUCCACGGACAGUUUGGUGUUUACAGGGAGCACAUGAAGGUCCACCCGGCCAUGCACGGCAUGAUCGUCACCCCUCCAUCCUCCCCAUUGCUGGAGUUCUACCCGGCCAUGAACCCCCCUGAUGACUGCAAACCCAAGAGGGGCCGGAGAUCCUGGGCCCGCAAGAGAACGGCCACCCACAGCUGCGAGUACCCUGGAUGCGGCAAAACCUACACCAAGAGCUCCCACCUGAAGGCGCAUAUGCGCACACAUACAGGUGAGAAGCCAUAUCACUGCAACUGGGAGGGCUGCGGCUGGAAAUUCGCCAGAUCGGACGAACUCACUCGCCAUUUCCGCAAACACACUGGCCACAGACCUUUCCAGUGCCAGCUGUGCGAGAGGGCUUUCUCCAGGUCCGACCACCUGGCCCUGCACAUGAAGCGACACAUGUGACACCUCAGAGACACUGCCUAUACACAGAGGACUUCAUUUCUUACAGGGGUGUAUAUAUGGCUGUACAGUUUGCUAUUUAAAGAGGCACCUGCUCAGCAGAUGACAGAGGAAAUCUAUAAAUUUAUAUAAUAUAAAAGUAUGCAGAGGAUCCGCCUAUUCCCUGCGUUUUGUACAAUAUUUGUAAUUUAGCUUCUUGCGUUUUUGUAAGGUAAAUUGAAGUUUUUACUUUGCUGAUCUGGAAGUUUCAGCUACUUUUUAUACUCUUGAUUAUACUUAAAGAGUCUAGAAAGCCGGGGGUGGGAAUUGGGGCCCAGGACUUUUGUGGGUUAUUUGUAUUUGAUGAAAGUAUUCUGAAAGCGCUGCUCUAACCCUAAUGUGCAAUUACUGUCAGUCUAAUGAGCGCUUCUCAUGGGGCGCUACAGGUAGCAGAACAGCGCCACCUAAUGGACAAACUGGAUGUGUGCACUGCAUAGAACUUUUUACAUAUUCAAGAAACGUCGCAUUAUUGCAGACAAAGGUGAUCUAUUAUUAGUUUAUUUUUUGUACAAUACUUCUUGUUUCAUCCACUAUUCUCGCUCUUUUCCCUGUGGAAGGGAAACCAGGUACCAUUGGCACUGCCUCAUAAUACAUUUUGUAAAUAUUUGUACAAUAAAACCGUGUUUGUCACUA